AUGUUUAACCUAUUGCUAAAAUUAUUAUUACUAUUUACGGCGCUGUUAAUUCUUUCAUCAUCAGCUUUACCCACGGUAGAAUUGAAUCGUCAGAUACUUCGUGCGAUAAACCACCGCCGGGGGAGCAGGGACAAAUCGUCGAAUUUUGUUAUUGAUUUAAACGCCACUAAUUUCGAUUCUGUUCUUAAAGAAACACCCGCUUCUUAUGUUAUUGUUGAGUUCUACGCUCACUGGUGCCCGGCGUGCAAUAAUUUUAAGCCGCACUAUGAAAAAGUCGCAAAACUUUUUAAUGGAGCCGAUGCGGUUCAUCCUGGAGUUUUAUUAAUGACAAGAGUUCACUGUGCCAAUAAGAUAAAUACUAAGCUUUGUAUUAAGUUCUCUAUAUCUCAUUACCCGAUGCUCUUAUGGGGCCCACCUUCUAAGUUCGUUGGUGGUCAUUGGAAUGGAAAGAAAGAAAAAAGCGAAAUCUAUCCUAUCGAAGAUUCGAGAACUGCUGAACACUUGUUGGCAUGGAUUAAUACAAAAUUGGAAAGCUCGUACGGUUUUGAAGAUGUGAAAUUUGAAAACGAUAAGCUUCUUCAGUCAAAUGUCUCGGACACUGGACAGAUUGCACGUGCUAUAUAUGACGUUGAAGAAGCCACAAGUGUUGCAUUUGACAUCAUUCUGCAACACAAGAUGAUAACUUUGGAUACUCGGGCCACAUUCAUAAGGUUCUUGCAAGUUAUGGUGGCUUAUCACCCUUCCAGGAGGUGCCGAAAGGGAAGUGCUGAAAUACUUGUGAAUUUUGAUGAAUUGUACCCUUCAAAAGUGUUGUCAAUGGACAAAGAUGAACCAACUAAUAGCACUGGACUUGGUGCUCUGCAUACCUAUCCGAUUUGUGGAACACAAGUUCCUCGUGGAUAUUGGAUGUUUUGUCAUGGCAGCAAGAACAAUACUAGGGGAUUCAGUUGCGGGUUAUGGGUUCUAUUACAUUCACUCUCGGUAAGAGUGGAUGAUGGAGAGAGCUGGCACGCAUUUACAGCUGCGUGUGAUUUUAUCCACAACUUUUUCAUCUGUGAAGAGUGUCGUCAACAUUUCUAUGACAUGUGCAUGAGUGUUUCUUCUCCAUUCAACACUACGCGUGACUUUGCCCUCUGGCUAUGGACCACGCACAACAAAGUCAAUGAGAGACUAAUGAAGACUGAAGCAUCUCUUGGAACCGGUGAUCCCAAAUUUCCAAAAGUGAUAUGGCCUCCAAAACUGCUCUGUCCUUCUUGUUAUGCUACCACCAAAAAUCAAACGGAAACUAAUGUUAUCGUUUGGGAUUAUAAUGAGGUGUUCAAGUUUUUAAUCAGUUAUUAUGGGAACAUGCUCGUGUCCCGCUACAAGGAUAAAGAUACGGAGAUCAAAAGCAAUGUUGAUCAAAAAAGCAACAUGGGUUCAGAAGAUUUGGUUGCGCCAAGUAGUGCACUUGUGGUGCCAGUUGGCGCUGCAAUGGCGAUUGCAGUGGCUAGCUGUUUGUUUGGAGCGUUGGCGUAUGUUUGGCGGUCACAACAAAAGAACCAGAAGCCAAAGAGAAGCUGGAGCUGA